UUUCUUUCUUUUCGGUUCUGGGUGUUGAGUUUUUGCCCUUUUUCUCAUUUGCAUUGUGCUUUCUCCCAAUUAUAUCUUCCAACUUGUCUGGAUAUGUGAGGUUUAAUAAGAAGUUGUCAUCUUUGGAUAUGUGAGGUUUAAUCGGAAGUUGUCAUCUUUUGGAUCUUUAGAGGGCAAUUUGCUUACGGAUCUCAUCGCAUGCCCUUGUUUGUUUGUUGGGUGGUACAUGCUUUUGGAGCUAUUUAUUUGUUUAUUCGUCGGAUUGCAAAUCUUUUAUUUCUUUCAAGAAUUAUGGAUCUUUUAUUGCGAUUUUAGGUUCUUCGAUGGAUAAGCCGGACUCCUCUCUGUCUUGGUGCUCAUGUUGCGAUUUGGAUUGAUGGGUUUGUAAUGGAUUUGCAGUCAUAGUCUAUCCAGUCGUUCAAAAUAGCUUUUUGGUACCUUUUGGGAUGGGUUAUUGAGAUGCUGCUUUCAGCUUCUUUUUAGUAAGGGAAGAACUCAGAGAGUGGUGGAGUCCAAAGAUGGGACUAUCUCUGUGGCUUCUGCAUUUAGUGGUCAUCAAGAAGCUGUUCAAGACAGAGAUCACAAAUUCUUAUCAAAAGCAGUUGAAGAAGCGUAUCAUGGAGUUGAUUGUGGUGAUGGAGGUCCUUUUGGUGCGGUUGUAGUUCAUAAUGAUGAAAUAGUUGUUAGCUGUCAUAAUAUGGUCUUGAAAAACACAGAUCCAACUGCUCAUGCUGAAGUGACUGCAAUAAGGGAGGCUUGUCAGAAACUUGGGAAAAUCGAACUCUCUGAUUGUGAAAUAUAUGCGUCCUGUGAGCCUUGCCCCAUGUGCUUCGGUGCAAUUCAUCUUUCCAGGAUCAAGAGGCUGGUCUAUGGAGCCCAGGCAGAGGCUGCAAUAGCAAUCGGAUUCGACGAUUUCAUCGCUGAUGCAUUGAGAGGCACGGGAUUCUACCAGAAAGCCCAUUUGGAGAUCAAAAGAGCUGAUGGUAAUGGAGCCAUUAUCGCAGAACAGGUCUUUGAGAAGACCAAGGAGAAGUUUCAGAUGUACUGAUUAUUGGCUGCCUGGAGAGAGAUCAAGGAGUACCAAACAUAUGGAAUGUCUCCCGAUUCCUAGGGCAUGAUGCAAACUCUAGACAUACUUUUAUUGGUUUUGGUACUUCUAGUGCUCUUUGGGAUUAAUAAGUGGCCGAAUUUAUACAUCAUUUGUCAUGCUAAAGAAGUCUUCCAGAUACGCAACAGCCAA